CUACCGGCAACCAGCGACCAACACAUUAGUAUCCGCCAACCAGCUGGUGCGCGUUGAUCACUUCAAUCCAACUACAACGUAGAUUCUCUUUUGAUAUCUUUUUUCUUUUCGGUUUUAAUAUAAAAAUGUGUUUGUGAAAACUUCGGUUUAAAUCUGUGGUGCAAUGUGUUGAAAAUUUCAUAGUUUAUCAUGUGACGUAAGGGUGAAUUGUGUAAAAUAUGAAGAAGUAUAAUAAACGAUGAGUGAUAAGCGUGAUAAGAAGAAUGUGCUGGAGGAACCUUCGACUCCCAAGCGGCUUAAACCAGGCAGUCCACGGCUUUCCGACCGCGUGAAAUUCUAUGAACAAAUUUGGGGUGGAGGCGCUGGGGGUGGUGCAGGUGAUGCAUCAACCCCAAGUGGUUCCACACAUGUUCAUACAAGACGUGCUACCAAUGUGAGAGAUAUAGAAUCAUCGGAAUCUUCUUCAACAAGAAUCACUAGGAAGGUCCUGAGGACUGUUACUACCACAACUACUACUGUCAAAGUCCAAGGCGGAAGUAGCAGUCCUGUAAAACAACAUUACGUAUCUUCAACUUGGAUAGGACCUUCCACAAGUAGAACACCUUCUGAAGAAGUUCUAGAUUCUGCCUAUCACACACAAUUUGAACAAAGUCAUCAAUAUGCCGGAUAUGGUCAAAGCCAAUUAUCUAUUGGAGAUGUUGAUGAUGAUAAUAAUCCGAAUCUAAGUCUGACUUCAAAUGGGAAUAAAUCAUCUUCACCUGGAACGAGUAGGUUUACCUCAGUGGAGAGCCUGAGGAAGACCCCGUCCAAGAGAUUAGAAUGGGAUAGUGACAGUUCCGGAAGGAAUUCGUCGCAAGAGUGGUAUUCGGAUUAUAGGACGCAGAGUUUUCAGCACAACAAUGCGGCGAGCUAUUUCAACAGUCACUCGGAGUAUGACAAACAUAUUAGUGUUAUCAGAGAUGAACAAGAACGCGUACAAAAGAAAACCUUUGUAAAUUGGAUCAAUUCGUACUUGUCAAAGCGAGUUCCACCGCUAAGAGUAGACGAUUUGAUCAACGACCUCAAAGAUGGCACUAAAUUACUUGCAUUGUUGGAAGUUCUUUCUGGAGAGAAGCUGCCUGUGGAGAGAGGCAGAGUUCUCAGACGUCCUCACUUUUUAAGCAACGCAAACACAGCCCUUCAAUUUCUCGCUGGCAAACGAAUAAAAUUAGUCAACAUCAACGCCAGUGAUCUAGUCGACGGACGCCCACCAGUUGUUCUAGGAUUAAUCUGGACUAUCAUCUUAUACUUCCAGCUGCGACGACGGAAUAGUUUUUGGAUCGUGAUUGAAGAGAAUAGCAGAGCUUUGGAGUAUCUCGCCAAAUACGGUAGUUCUUCAAGUUUAGAAAGCUCCGGAACUACUUCUUCUGCUACAAAAGACAAAUGGAAACUUGGAGCUAGGAAAACUUUACUACAAUGGGUUUCUAAUGCUUUACCAAGUGACUCAGGAAUUGAAGUAAAAGACUUUGGAGCAAGUUGGCGUGAUGGUGUAGCCUUCCUAGCCAUAAUCGACGCCAUCAAAGCCAACCUGUUGAACCUCGCCGAAUUGAAGAAGGAAUCCAAUCGUACCCGCCUGGAAACAGCGUUCGAUGUAGCUGAAUCUGAAUUGGGUAUUGCACGUCUCCUAGAUCCUGAAGACGUAGACGUCCCUAAACCGGACGAACGAUCAAUCAUGACUUACGUGGCACAGUUUCUGCACAAAUAUCCGGAACCUAAAAGUACAGGUCCGGACGCCAUCGCAGCUAUUCAAGAAGAGUACAGUGAACUACUUGCUUGGCUUUUGAAGAAGACUCAAUAUCUGGAACACCUUCAACAGACUAAUUCAUUAUCUCGUGAUUAUAAUGAUUACUUGGCUUUUAAAUCUGAUGCCGAAGAGAAAGAAAAAGUGUUUUUGAAGUUGAAGAACUUGAUUGAAUCCCAGAGUUUGGUAUCAAUCGCAAAAGAAUCAUGGUUUGAUAUUACUAGACUUUGGUAUUUGUUAGAGAAACAAAUGAGGUAUUGGUUGUGGUUGUUGGAUUCUCAACUGCCUGGUGAAUUCGGGGAAGUUGGUGAAUGGCUUGCGAAAGCUGAGAAAUUGAUUUAUGAUGAUGAGAUACCAACGGCUAUGAAUGAGGAUACUGCGAAGAUUAUCAGCAGGAAGUUGGAGGAACAUAAAUUGUUCUUUGCUGAUCUACCAGCGAUUGAAGCCAAGUUUGCGCAGGCUUGUCAGGGACCUUUGGUUCGAGAAGUGCCUUCUGUGCAGUUGGACAACAUGACGGAACGACUAAGGGAUAUUAAACCUAAAGCAGCCCAGAGGAGGGUUAGACUGAAAUUCUUAGAACACAAAUGUUGCCUUAUUGCAUUUUUGCAACUCACCGAAACCAAGUUAAAGUCCUGGACAGCCAAAUACGGAAGAUUGGACAAAGUUGUUCAACUUUUAGACCAGUAUAGAAAUUUCGUGUCAAAGAAUCAUAUUUUCCAAGAAUUCAACAAAGCUUAUAUUGACAUGCAAGCGGUUAUUGAUGAAUACAAACGGGAUGGGAACAUAGACAAAAACGAAAAAUACGAAGUAGAUAAAUUUAUCAAAGAUAUAGCAGACCGUUGGAAGAAUGUUUCAAUGGAGUUACGAUGUGUUCAGAGUAUGUUAGAAGAAGUGGUUGCUUACUGGCGUAGAUGGGAUGGUCUCUCCGUUCAGUUUGAUCAAUGGUUGGACCAAGCGGAAGUCGCCAUCAAACAGAACGAGGAACAAAAAAUGGAAUUCUUCCAAGAUAUCAGUGUGUGGAGGGAUAACUAUCAAUUACUUGGAGAUACAGUGAGUUUCCUGAUUGCUACCUGUGAAGAUAAUCUUGCUAUGGAGUUGAGGGAUCACUACAACCGAAUGACAGAAAGAUGGGAGAAGUUAUACCCACAUGUGAACAAAUAUAGUCAUGCUGGGGAUAUCCUCAGAAACAGAAAGGACUUCAGAGCUGGAGUGGAUACUAUUUCUAAUUGGUUGAGAAAAGCAGAAGGUAUUCUUGCUAAUAAACAAUUAGGAUCAACCAAAAAGAUACAAGAACACCUGAAUGACUUAACGACUCUUCAAUCUGAAGUUGAAUCGAUGGAAUCAUUGUUCAAAGAUGUUUCCAAGACUUUCCAAAUGUUGAUUCAAGAGUUGAACAGAGAUGACGUUGAUAAAAUGAUGGCGACUCUAAAACAAGAAAAGGAGGCUUUAGUCAGAGUUAGAGCUUUGAUCCCAAUGCAGAUUAAUCUCUUUAACCAACUUUUGGUUCAACAACAAAGUUUAGAAUCAGGUCAACAAGAGAUUAAUGCUUGGUUAGACGCAGCUGAAGAUCAUUUGAGUCAUUUAACACUGACAUGUGACAAAGAAACACUUCAUAAACAACUGGAUAGACAUAAACAAUUCUUCACGAAGACCCUGUAUUACAAAUCAAUGCUAGACAGUAAAAACAAAGUCCUCCGGAACAUUGUGAAAAGCAUUGAUCAAAAUACCAAUCUGGACGUAGCUGAAACAAAUGCCAAAAUGGAGCAACUCAAUGACAGGUUCGAUUAUGUUGUUGAGAAUGCUCAAGUCUGGGAGCAUAAGUUCCAGGAAGCAAUCAGAUGUUGGUUUAACUUCUUGGAAUGCGAACGCGUUAUUGCUGACUGGCUUAACAAGGCUGAUCAACUGAUAAGCGAGAAACACAUCGAUUCUAAAAACGCUGUGGAGUUACAUAAAAACUUCUUCGAACGUGUGAAUGAAAAAUGGAUACAUGACUUAACACAAACAGCUCAGGAUUUGUGUAAUUGUCUUCCGAGUGAUCAACACAAACCUAUAAUCCAAUCAGUUGAAAAGUUACAAACAAAAUGGAGGGAAAUCUUGUCAUUUGCACCGUUGCAUUUGAUAAGAUUAGAAUUCCGUCUGGAUGAGUCUUCAUUUAAUUAUUACAUCAAAGAAAUCGAAAAACAGUUGAAUAUUGAACAGCAAGCUUUUAAUAAACAAGAAAAUAUCAAUGCUAUUUUGAGUAAACAUAAUGAUUUCUUUAACCCGCACGGAAUCAUGGCUGAAACUCAACGCUGCGUGAUGAAUUUGGAGAAAAUCACCACUACUUAUAAUCAAUUUAGACCUGAUGACAAGAGUUUGAGUGAAGCUUACGAUAAGGCAGUGAUUGCUUGGAAGAACGUGAAUGCAAAGGCGGAAGCUCUCAAGAUUCAGCUGGAUCAAGUGCCGGAAAAGUGGGAGAAAUAUCAUGAGAAGUUUAAUGCCAUGGUGGGAUGGAUGAAUCAAGUCGACGGGAUGCUGCGCAACAUUCUCAGCGACGUCAAUAGCGUAGAAGAGUUUGAACGAGAAAAGGCAGUAUUUCAACUGAAGACAUUAAUGAAUAUCUGCAAAGAUGCCGAUUCUAAACGUGAAGAUAUGAAGUGGUUGGUGCAAACUUUAGAUUCGCUUACAUCGCAUUGUCCGGAAAAUCAAGCUAUUGCUGAGCAAACAAAGUUAGAAAACUUAAUUUCUCGCUAUAAGAACCUUAUCCCAACUUUGGAGAUAACCAUGGUGAAAACCGAUGUGCUUUCGAAAUGUUACACCUAUCGUCGUGAGGUGCGCGAAGUAUGCUUAUUACUAAAACGCGUUAAGGAUCAAUCUAUGGAGCAACCUCCUCUAGAAAGUCUUGAAACUGUUUCUACAAUGAUUAAACAGCAAGAAACUGCUAUAACCCAACUAGAUCUUCAACGUCCUAAUAUAAUGUCAAUGUUACAACGUGGUAAGGAGUUAGCUAAAGAUGUUAAUGCUCCCACGUUUGUAAAAGAAGAAGUCAAGAACUUAGAAGUAGGUUGGACGGAAGCUUUUGAUGAAACUGCCAAUAGUCUGAAACGAUUGAAGAGCACCCACACUCUGUGGACCAGCUACAAUCAACAAAAGAAUGAUAUUUUGGAGUUGUUAGCUAAAGCUGAUGCUGACUUAAACAGGAUCCAUCCUGGUCAUUACAAUUCUAGUAAUCUAGUGUCGGAAUUACAAGCCAAACAAGAGAUGGCUAUACAUUUACGUGAAACAACUGAAGAAAUGUUAAGGAGAUUGAGGGAUUUGUGUAAUAAGUUCAUUGAAGUCGCACCACCAGUUAAAAAAGUGGAACUGAAAGAAGAGGUCACUGUUAUUGAAAGGAAAACAGUCACUACUUUAGAAAAUGUUCAACAAAAAGUUGAUUUUCUUGAAGAUUUUAACAAGAAAUGGACUGGAUUCCAAAAGAAUUUGGCUGAAUUACAACAUUGGACACUUCAAAGUGCACCUCAGUUAUUAAGCGCUGCACAUGAAGAAAAUAUUGCUCCUGAAGAUCGUGUAGCAAAAACACAAUUACUACAGAAAGAAAUUGUUCACAAAAUUAAAAUUUUGGAUUCUCUUGGAGCAGAUGCCAUGAAAUGGCUACCAGACAAUAAAGAAAAUAUUGAAGCUCAAAGAAUGAGAGCCGAUGUUAUAACAUUACAAGAAAAAGUUGGAACCAUCAAAGGUAAUGUUGAAAGUCAAGCUGCGUUGGUUAGUAAAGAUUUAUCAACGUGGCAAAAAUAUCAAGGAAGUUUACAUGAAGUUAAACCUUGGUUAGAACAAGCAGAGAUUAGGAUAGCUAUGCAACCACAAAAGCCUCUUACGAUGCAGGAGGCUAUUGAAAUGCAAGCUGAAAAUGCACAGUUUGCAAAGGAUUGUGACCUUAAUUUUGGUAAAUUAAAAGGAGUUGUGGAGAUUUCCCAAAUGAUUGUGACUAAAACAAAUGCUCCAGAUGAAGUGGAUUCUAUGAAAGCAAGAUUCUCGAAUGUUCAAUCAGCUACAGCGCAACAAGCGCAAAGGUUGGAUAAACUCGUAGCUAAUUGGAAUGAUUUUGACAAUAAUGCCAAACAAUUAGAAGAAUGGACUAUUGAAAAACAAAAGAUUAUAGUUCAAAAGUCAAUAAAUUUAAAUACACCAGAUGCUGAUAAACUUGAAAAAGAACUCGCAAAAUUAAAAAACUUAAACAACGAAAUUUCCGAACGUCAAGCUCAUGUUAUUACUUUGAGCCAAGCAUCUGAUGCAGUCUGUCAUAAUUUAGCUCCAGAAGGAACUGUGCUAAUUAAACAUAGAGUACAGGAAUUAAAAACAGGGUUAAAUCAACUUGCGGAAGCAACCAGAGCUAAAAUUAAUGAAGUUUCCGAUGCCAUUAUGGCAAGACAUGAAUUCCAGACAAGAAUUACCGAAUUUAGAACGUGGGUUGAUACGCUCACUUCUAAUGUAGCACAGAUUGAUGAUAUUAAACCCGAUAAAGUUGAUUCUGCGUUGAUUAAUAUCCAUGCAUUAAUGCAGGAAUAUUCUGAGAAACAACCCACAUUUGUUGCUAUUUACGAAGAAGUGAAAAACAUCAAUUUAAUGACUCCGAGAGCUGAAAAUGAAGAUCUUAAUGAAGAAUAUUCUAAACUUGUUAAUAACUAUAAAGACAUAGAAACAAAUUUGAUUCAAAAGAAAGGCGCGCUUGAGAAAUGGAAUGAAUUAUUAAAUUGGUGUCAAGAAACUGGUCAACAAUUAUCGCACAUCAAAUUCCAAAUUGAAAGUCAAAAGAGUAACCCAGAGGAAUUACAAAGACUCAAUGCUGAAAUUGAUUUGAUUGUUAAUAAAUUAACUGUGUGGAAGCAAACAGCUAUUGCUAUUGAUAAGAAACCGAUUGUGACAGUUUUGAAUGAAGCAGGACUUCCGGUUACUGCUGAAUCUUUCGUAAAAGACAUUGAACAAAAGGCUCUUAGUUACAAAACACAACUUUCUGAGAAAUUAGAAGGUUUACAACAACUGAAACAACAUUGGAAUAAAUUUGAUGAUAUCCAGAAACAAGUUAAUGAUAACAGAGAUGAAAUCAUUGGAAAAUUAAAUGCCAUUGACGUUAAUAUUAAUAAACCUGAAGAUUUACAACCUGCUGUUAAUGAAAUCAAUAAAUUACUGGAUUUACACGCUCAGACUACAGAUUUAAGAGAAAGUCUUCAAAGAGAAGGACAACAAUUAAUGAAACAAGAUAUUCAGAAUGUUACUAUUAUUCAGAAUAUUUUAUCAACUAUAGAAACAGGUUGGGAUAAACUGCAUGAAGAAAUGCGUGAACAAAAACUUAAAUAUUCUGAUAUUAUCUAUGCCUACAAUGAAUUUAAAGAAAUCAAAAAUCGUGUUGAUGAAGAAAUUAAAAGUGUAAAACAAAUUAGUCUUGAAACACCGAAUGAUUCCAUCCAAGCGAAUGUAAAUGCUGAGAAAGCAAAGAAAACUUUAGAAGCAGUGAAGAAGAUCAAAAUAUCUUUGGACAAAAUGGACGCCAAAGGAGAUAAUAUCAUCAAGAAAUCAAUUGGUAUUGAUGGUAUGGCACCAAUCAUACGUAAUGAGUUACAAAUCACUCAUAAAUCAUGGAGUGAGGUGUAUGAAACUAUUCUGAAGUUGGUACAAACUACAGAAUCACAAGCAGUGAUUUGGAAACAUCUUGAAGACACUAAAAACAAACUUUUAGCUUGGAUAAAUGAACAAAGCAUGGAAUUGUCAUUAGCUAUUGAGAGACCCAAUGAGUUAGAAUUGGGACAAGCUAAACUUGCGAAAUAUAAAGAUGAAUUACCUUCCUAUUUGAGUUUGAAGAAGAGUGUAUCAGUUAAACAUCAACAACUCUCAGAAUUAUGUGACCAUAAGGAGAUAUCUACUGUUCAAGCAUUGAUGAAACUUUUAGAAGAUCAAUUUGAAGAUGUUGAGAAAACUGCAGAAAAAUUACAAGGAGUUAUUGCUAACUUUAGCGAAAAGGAGAAUGCUAUUCAGAAGGCGCUUAAAAUUGCUACAAAUCAAGUUGCUAACUUAAGAGAAGAAAUUAUCAAAUGUGAAGACCUUUCUGGAGAAAACACUAAAGUAUUAGAAAGGUUGGUUAAAUUACAGGAAGCUAAAGGAAAGUUGGUAAAAUAUGAAGGAGAUAUUAAACAAAUUGAUGUUCAAAUUAAGGAUCUUAAUGCUGCGUAUCCAAAUGUAGGAUCUUUACCAUCAGAAUACCAAAAUUUGAAGAAAAGAUACGAUGUUGUUUUAGCUCAUGCUGGAAAAAUUGAAACAUCUUUGUUAGUGUUCCUCAAGAAGUAUCACAAUGAUAAAUAUGCAGCUUUGCAGAGAUUAAUUCAAACCCACAAAGAAAAGGUUCAGUGGUGUAUGCCUGAAGCAGCUAGUGACAAAUACAAUUUAGAAGUUAAAUUAAACGCGUUGAUUCCCAUUGAGAAAGCGCUGGAAGAUUGUGACUUCAGAAAGAAGGAACUUGAAGAAUCUUUGAAAGUUUUAGAAAGUGUAGAAUCCCCUGAAACUAUUAAACUUCUAAUUGCCGAAAGAGAUAAUUUAUUGUUAGAUCUAAAAGACUUGAAAGAAAAUUACCAGACUACGAAAACAUUACUUGAAAGAAAUAUCAACUUACACAAAAGAUAUGAUGAUUUAUCUGAAGAAAUCUCCAACUGGCUUAAAGAUAUUGAGAAUAAAACCAGAACAGAUUGUACUCCACAGUUGGAUAUUAAGAAAGUGGAUGACAAAAUUAAAGAAAUUACUAAAUUGCAAACAACAAUCACGAAUUAUCUUCCUAAAUUUGACGAGUUAUCAAUUCUCAGUGAUGAUAUGAUGCAAGAAGUACCAGAAUCACGUGUAGGACAAUUUGUACAACAUCUCCAUACACGACUUCAGGCUGUUAACAAAUUCUUAGCCCAUUAUCUGCAAAAAUUGAAUGAAUUGAAACAAUAUAAACAACAAUAUAGAGAGAGUAUUAAAGAUGUAGAAAACUGGUUGGUUGAAGCAGAGAAAAAGGCAAAAACAUUCAAAGGUUACAAACCCAGUGAAAAUACUCUUGAUGAGUUAAAACAAUUUGCUGCUCAGCGAGAACUUGGGCAACAAUUACUAAACAAAGCUGUAGAAAAUGGUGAAGCAAUGUUCUCUGGAGUAAUUCCUGAAAACCGUGACGCUAUUCGAAUUGAAUUGAGGAAUUUAAGAGAUAAAUCUGAAAAAUUAAUUAAUCAAGUCAACACAAUCUACAAACAAGUUGAGAAUAUUCUAAUGGAAAGAAAUUCCUUCGAUGAUUCAUUCAAACAGUUGAGUGCAUGGAUUGAUGACUCUAAACUUAAACUAGAAGAACAAAACCUUGAUGCAACAUUACCUGAAAAGAAAGAGACUCAUCAUAAGUACAGAACACUCGCCAAUGAUGUGAAUUUACAUAAAAAUAUCUUACAACAACUUUCUGAUAAAAUUAAAUCAUUAUCAGAUGCCGAUGCAGAGAAGAAACUGAAAGAAAAGUUGGAAGAAUAUAAUUUGUUACAAGGACAAGUCACUGAUAGAGUAAAACUCUCAGAAAGUUAUAUUACAGCGCAUGAAAGUUAUAUUCAAGUUUUAGAAAAAUGUAGAGAUUGGUUGAGUGCUUUGACAUCCGAAGCAGCUUUGUUGGUUGAUGAAGGAUCUUCAGAAUCUGCAGAUGCUAGACUUAUAAUUGUUGAAAAUCUACUCGGACAGAAAGAUGACGGAGAUAAAAUUAUUGCUUCCUGUAAAGCUCAGCUUGAAACUGUUUUAAAACAAACAGCUCCAAGUGGACAUCCACCUUUGUUACAAGGAUUCAAGGAACAAGAAGAAAGUUGGAAUAAAUUCUUAUUGAUGUGUAAUGAUGCCCAAGAAAAACUGAAUGAAAUUUAUAACAAAUAUGCUGAGUUCGAAGCACUAAUUGAUGAUUUAGAUCUUUGGUUGAAACAGAUGGAAGCACAAGUUAAAGAUCAAAGCUUGAAGAGUACAGAAGAAACUAAAUUAGCGCAUUGUGGAAAAUUAAAAUUAUUAGAACAAGAGAUUUUAACUAAAAAUGUUGAUUUAGAAAGUGCUGGGGAAUUAGUUAAGAGUCCUGAUAUUGACACACAAUUAGCAACUAAAGUUUCUCAACUUGUAACAAGAUACAAUUCAGUGAAGAAUGCUGUAAAGGAAGGUAUCAAUCGUUAUCAAGGUUUCCACAAAGAACAUCAAACAUUCAACAAAGAAUAUCAUGAUUUUGUGCAGUGGUUAUCUGAGAAAGAGUCAGAAUUAUCUGAUAUGAGUCAUAUUGUUGGUGAUUUACACGUGUUACAGGAAAGACAAGUCAAAAUUAAGAAAAUGCUAGAAAUGAAGAAUCAACGUCAAGGAACAUUUGAAAAUCUUCUUGAAAACGGAGAAAAAUUAUAUUCUCAUACAUCUCCUGAUGGAAGGGAAAUUAUCAGACAACAAUUGAGGAAUCUAAGAACAAUUUGGGACGGAUUUGCGGAUGAUCUUCAAGGAGCCUUGAAUAAAUUGGAUCAAUGUUUGAUUCAGUUUGCUGAUUUCACUUCAACACAAGAACAACUCACCAAAUGGUUGAAAGAUGUAGAAAAAGCAAUGCAUCAACACACAGAAUUAAAAUCAACACUACAAGAAAAACGUGCACAGUUACAGAAUCAUAAAAUAAUGCAUCAAGAAAUUAUGUCUCAUCAACAACUAGUUGAGUCUGUUUGUGAAAAAGCUCAACAUUUAGUUGAUGCAACCCAAGACAAAUCUUUGAAUAUUUAUUUACAAUCCAUCAAACAAUUGUUCCAAGAUAUUGUAGAAAAAUCUAAGGAUUUAUUGCGAAAUUUAGAUUCUUGUGUUGAUAAACACACUCAGUAUAACCAACUGGUAACGGGCUUCAAAGAUUGGUUACAAGAUCAAGGCGAGAAAGUAAGAGAACUUGAAGAUUUAUCUGGAGAGAAAACUGAUAUUCAACGGAGAAUCGGAGCAAUCAAAGCCUUGAAAACAAACGACGCAGAAAAAAUGCUUGAGGAAAUUGAACAACAAAUUGAAAUCAUGAGAAACAACACAGCUCCUAAAGGAAUUGACAUGUGUAAUGAAGAGCUGAAGAAUCUGAGACUCUUAUUAAAUACACAUCUAGAAAAUGUUGAUUCUGCAAUCAUUAAACAGGAAGGAACACUUCAAUCAUGGUCAGAAUUUGAAGAGUUAGAAGAUCUUACAACUUGGUUCAAAACCACCGAAACUGCAUUUAGGGAUCAACCUUUGCAGAUUACACAUAAAGAUAAACUGGAACAAUUCAAGAAGAUUACAAUUGCUAAAGAUGAAGUUGUUGCUAAGGAGAAGAAUGUUGAUGCGUUUGUUGAUAAAAGUCAUGCUUUACUCCAACUAAGUAUGUCUCAACGUAUAAAACCUUUAAUAUCCAACAUUACUACACGUUAUCAAUCAUUACAUUCAUUGUGUAAGGAUGUAUUCAACCGUUGGCAGAAUAUGGUUGAUGAUCAUAAGAGUUACCAAGAAAAAUUGGAAGAUGUGUCUAAUUGGUUGACUCCAUUAGAAAAACAUUUAGCUACACUUAAAGCUGAUGAUUUAGGAGAUAAUAUUGAAGCCACCACAAGUAAAAUACAAUUAUUAGUCUCAGAGAAAGAACAAGGUGAGCCUAAAGUAAAUAGUCUUAUUCUAAUGGGAGAAAGAUUAUUCCCGGAUACAGCAGCGCAAGGACGUGAAAUUAUCCGGAAUGAAUUGAGGAAUAUUCGUGACCGUUGGGAUAAAUUCGAUGAAGGUGUUAAACUCCAACAAAAACUCAUGGAAAGUCAAAGUUUGCAGUUGAGUUCAUAUCAAGAUAACUUACAUCAAGUUUUGGCAUGGUUGGACUCAAUGGAGAAGGUGAUGCAGGUUGAUCCUUCAACAUGGACUAGUGUCCAAGAAGUUCGUGCUAAAUUAUUAAAAUACAAAACAAAUCUUCAAGAGAUUAUUAAUCACAAACGUGUCAUUGAAGGUGUCACAGAAAAAGCUCACAUCAUCGUUCAACUUACAAAUAACAAAGAAAAGGCUUCCGAAGUUGAAGGAACUAUUACUUCAAUCAAUACGAGAUAUCAAAAUUUAUUGAAACACUCCAAUGAUAUAAUAUCACAGUUGGAAGAUUGUCUUGGUGUUUACCAACAAUUCUAUGACACACAGAAAUUACUUCAAGAUUACCAGAAAGGACUCUGGGAUAAACUCGCUGGAUAUUCAGACUAUUCUGGCAAUAAAGCUAUUUUAGAAGAACGAUUACAACAGGUUACCAAGAUUGCUGAUCAGCUUCCAGAAGCACAGAUAAAAUUAUCUGAACUUGAAAAGCAUAUCGAGACUAAAGCGAAUGUAUUACCGGCAAGAGCAAAAGAAGCGAUGAAGAAAGAUAUGGCGAAUCUAAAGUUUGAUUUGGAGAAGUUUACCACUUCCAUGAAUGAUGUACAAAGAAGAUUACAGCAGAGGCUUGAUCAAUGGAACGAGUAUGAUACUAUUAUGGAUCGUUUACUUGCGUGGUUGACGGAUGCUGAGAUGUUACUCAAAGGAUAUGGAUUCAGGAAUACUGUGGAAGAAAAACAGGAACAAUUCGGAAGAUAUCAGGAGUUGUGUAAAACCGUGGAGUCACGUGCUGCUGACGUAAAGGCGUUUACAAAACUAUCCGAUCAUUUAGAACAAGCUUUGAUAGUAAGUCUGAGACACAACGAAGCUGAUUUUGACAAACUCACCGAUGAUUCCACCGAAUUGGUUGAAAGCAGUGGAGACACCAGGAUAUCCGUCAGUGUACAACAAGUUUCUUCAAGAUUCCAAAGCAUCCAGAACACUGCGAAAGAAAUUGUUAAGAAAUGCGAACAAGCUGUUGCUGAUCAUAAAUUAUACAACGAAAAAUAUCGCCAAUGCAGUGAUUGGAUUGCGGCAGCUAAAGGUAGAUUUGAUACUUGUUUGGAGAAUUUGAAGAGUGGAUCAAAAUCGGCAAUCGCCGAUCAAAUAAAUUUACUUGAAGAAUUACUCUCACAACAAACAAGUGCUACUUCCCUUUUGAACAAUACUAUUGAAUUAGGAGAGAAGUUGUAUCAGAGCACUGGACAUGAAGGCAGAGAAAUCAUUAGUAUUCAGUUACAAGAACUACAACAAACUUUAGAACUCUUAUAUGACGGUAUUAAUAGUACAGAUAGAGACCUGAAAACUAGGUUGAGUAGACUAAGUGGUUUUGAAGAUUCAAUGGAAGCAAUGAAAACAUGGCUUAAGCAAAUCGUUAAGCAACUUCCGGAAGAAAUAGAAUUGAAAGCUACUCUACAAGAAAAGAAAGAUCAAUUGCAAGUUUACAGAAAUUUAGUACAUGAUGUAAUUCUCCAUCAAGAAGAUAUUAUUGACUUAAAAGAUAAUGUUGAUAAUUUACCGGAAGUCAACGAGAAGAUUAAUCAACAGAUGAAGGCAAUUUCUGAUCAACAUGCGAAAUUGUUGAAACGUGCACAAGGCUUUGUUGAACAAUAUGAAGUCAUUACAAAUGAUCAUCAACAGUUCUCUAAAGCUACUGGUGCUUUGAAUGAUUGGAUGAGUAACACUACAAGUUCCAUUUCUUCAUGGGGUGAUGUAGACGUAGAAAGAAUCACUUUGAUUUCUAACUUAGACAGACUCAAAGCUUUGAAGGCGUCUCUCCCUGAAGAAGAAGCAAGAAUAACAAGUAUCAGAUCACUUGGCGAAAAAGUCAUCCCAGCUACUAUUGAUUAUGGUCAGCCUGCAAUUCGAACUGAGGUAGAUAAUUGUACCAAGGACUGGUCUGCUAUGGUUUCUACAAUUGACAGUUUAAUAGAUGCAUUGGAACUGAAACAACAACACUGGAACGAAUUUGAAACAUUGAAAGACAGCAUCAUGGCUUGGUUAAGAAACACAGACACAGAAUUACAUUCAAUUGAUUUGAAAUCAACUGCUGAUGAAAAGGUCGACCAACUGGAAGUUUUAAAAAAUUUACAAGGAGAAGUUAGAGCAAAGGAGUUAGAAAUUGAUUCCGUUACAGAAAAAGCUCAGAUGUUACAUAAAGGUUUAAGUCAAAGGAGUUCAUUGAUUUCUGAAAUGGGCGUAAAAUAUCAACAAUUGUAUCAUAAAGUAAAGGAUUUGACAACACGUUGGCAGCAAUAUGUUGCAAAUCAUCAAGAUUUCAACAAUAAAAUUAAGAGUGCUGAACAUUGGUUAGAUGAUAUUAAGAACAAAUUAAACUAUUGCUCAGACUUAGGAGCUGCCUCACAGAAAGACCUAGAAAAGAAAAUGGCGAUAUUACAAGAUUUAAUUGUAUUUAAAGAAGAAGGUUUUGGUAAGAUACAGAAUUUAGUAGAAUUGGCACAGAUUGUUCUCGCAAAUACCGCACCAGAAGGUCACGCAGAGGUUAACAAUGCUCUGGCUAAACUAUCAGAUCAAUGGUCUCUGUUAGCGUCUAAAAUGAUUGACACCAAAGCUAUUCUGGAUGAUAGUCUUAGAAAAUGGGCUGGAUUGUUUGAUCAAACCAAAGGACUCAACAAAACUAUUGAAUGGAUGCAGCAACAGGUUGAUGAACUGUCAGUUCUACAAUCUAACAUACCAGAAAAGAAAUCACAACUUGAUCGGCUUCAAAAUGUUGAAGAAAAAGUCCGUUGUGAAAAGAUUGAGGUUGAUAACAUUAGAAAUAAAGUAACUGAAUUACUUAAUAGUAAACAACAACGUCAAUCUGCUAAAGAAGCUAAAGUUACUUUGGAUAAAUUUGAUGAUUUGUCUAAUAAGAUUACAAAACUUUUAUAUGCACGUGAACAUCAAUUCAGAGAUCACAAAGCUUAUAAAGAAGCUUAUGAAGAGUUCCAAAGAUGGUUGACUAGAGCCCAAGAAAAGAUUCCACAAAUUAAACAAAAACCAAUUGGUGACAAAUUGUCUGUUGAGAUGUUUUCUGCUCCUUUGGAUGCUCUGUUGAACAAACAAGCACAAGGUGAAGUGUUGUUGGAUACUUUAGAUCAUACUGCACAAGUAGUUCUACCAAAUACAAGCACUUCAGGACAGGAUGUGAUCAAAAACGAGAUUCGUGCUUUGAGGGAAUCCUUCGAAAGACUUUUCAAGGAAUUAAGAGAUCAAAGAGAACAACUUGAAGUUGUACUUCUACACUGGCGGGAAUACAAGGAUGAAUAUGAACGUCUCUCUGACUGGUUACAACAGAUCGCUAUCUUAACCAAGAACCAAAAAAUAGCUUUAUCUAGCAAUUUAGCAGAGAAAGCAAAACAAGUCAAAGACGUCAAAGAAAUCUUACAAAAACUAGACAAUGGCAAAAAGGAUUUUGACAAAUUCAACGAAUUUGCUAAGAAAUUCCUCAAUUCACCUUUGGAUAUCUACGUAAACAAUCAACUACAAGCUUUGAAUUCAAGAUACCAGGUAGAAAUCAACUUGGCAAAGGAUGUGUUGAAGAAAGUAGAAACCAAUCAUGAUCAACACAAAGAAUACGAGAAGAAUCUAACUAAGAGCAGAAAAUGGAUCGAUGAUGCUCGUGAAUUGAUCAGAAAUUGUUCAGAAGGAGCCAACACCACAAGUAAAGAUACCCUUCAGGGACGUCUUGAAGAAGUGCAAAAACUCUUAGGAAAACGCGAAGAAGGACAAAACUUGAUUCAUACAACAAUCAACAGUGGUGAAAAAGUGCUUCGUAAUACAAAAUCUGAUGGUAGAGAUAGAAUCAACAACGAAAUUAAAGAAUUACAAUCAGAUUGGGAGAAACUCAUCAAGAAGAUGUCCACGGCAAAGGUGCACCUAGAAACAGCUCUUCUUCAAUGGGCAGACUAUGAUUCCUCUUACUCACAACUCCAACAAUGGAUAACUGAUAGAGAAGCUAAAUUACAACAGGUUUGUGAACAAAAGGUGACAGCUAAAAAGGGUCAAAGUGGUUUAAGUUCAUUACCAAUCGGUGAACGUAAAGCAACCCUUCGGGAAACCAACAACAUCGUUCAAGAUAUUGUCUCAUUUGAACCAAUGAUUCAAUCGGUAACAUCCAAAGCUGAUAAUUUGAUGCAAGGUGCUCCAGCUUCAGAAAUUUCAACGAAAUAUGAAUCCCUAACAAAACAUGCGAAGGAGUUGUAUGCCAAACAAAAGGAAACCGUGGAACAACAUCAAGCGUUUGUCGAUGCCGCAAAUGACUUUGUUCAAUGGAUUCGUUACUCCAAAGAACGUCUGAGUAAAUGCUCAGAACCAACAGGUGAUAAAGAAAGUCUUGCUUCAAAACUUGCACAACUUAAAGUAUUACUCAACGAAUUAAACGACGGUCAAAAGAAGUUAGAAUUUGCUCUUGAACAAGGAGAUGUUGCUUUGCAUUGCGCUGAUGUUCAAGAUAAAGAUAUUAUCGAAGAAGAAAUUGGUUUACUUCAGGAUGACUUUGAUAAUUACGUUGAUUCUGUUAAUAACAGUAAAAAUCUUCUUGAAGUUGGAAUUGUUAAGUGGACAGAAUAUGAAGAACAUUAUCAAGAGGCAUCUGAAUGGAUUGCACAGACAGAAGAAUUGGUACAGUCCUAUAACAAAUUACAGGAUAGUCUAGAAGAGAAACGUAUGCUUCUUGAACAAUUCCAAGUUCAAUUACAGACUUUGUUUGACUGGCAGAGGGAAUUAGACAGGUUGAAUAUGCGAGCGCAAGUUUUAUUGGAAACAUGUGCAGAUACAAGAAUUAGUAAUGCUGUUACACAAAUGUCUACCAAAUACAACGCGUUAUUAUCUUUGGCGAAGGAAGUUAUGCGACGUUUAGAAAUGCAUUAUCAAGAACAUCAACAACACAACACCCUGUAUCAAGAAUGUCAAGACUGGGUGUUUAGAACUCGCGAUAAACUCAAUGAAUGUUCAGAAAUUCCUAAUACUUUGAAUGAAGUCAAUAAUAAACUACAGAUUGUCAAAGGUAUUAGGACAAUGUUAGAACAAGGACAAAAUAAACUGAGAUAUAUUAUGGAGUUGAAAGAGAGGGUUAUUAUGAAUACUGAACAAAGUGGCGCGGCUAAAAUUCAGGAAGAUACUGAGACUUUGAAACAAGACAUGGAAAAACUUUUGGUGGACGUGAAUGAUAUUAGAACUAAAUUGCAGAAUAGAGCAACACAACUUGAAGAUAUUGCUAAGGCAUACAAAGUGCUUAAUGACUGGUUACAGGAAACUGAAGCACAGAUGCAAACUGACGGUGAAGAUUUGAAUGACCUCAGUGAAAAGAAAGCUAAACUUGAAAAGUUCAGGAAUAUUCAGAAAGAAAUUGGUAGCCAUCAUGAUUUAGUUGAUAAACUUCGUUCCAAACUUAGUGAUCAAAAAGUUUUACCUGAGUAUGAAGCUUGUUUUGAUAAAUACAACGCUCUUAAGGUGCAAGUUGCAGAAUCAAUUAAACAACUACAAGAACAAGUUAAAGAACAUGAGAAAUAUAAGAAAUCUUACGAUGAGGCUUAUGAAUGGAUUAGGAAAACAAGAGUGGAAACUCAACAGUGUUCCGAUCUUCAUGAACAACUUGGUGUGAUCAAAGAUAAAGAAAAGAGGAUAAGUAAAAUAUUAGAAUCAAUCCCAGAAUGUGACCAAUUGGUAGAUAAAACUAUAGAAUUGAGUAUUUCUGUAAUGAAAACAACAGGAUCUGAAGGUCAGGACACUAUUAAAAUCGAAAUUGAAGAGUUGAAGAACGAAUGGGAAGGCUUGCAAUAUAUUUGUAAAGAAACACAUCGUAAUCUUAACAAAUGUAUUGAAGCAUGGAAAGAUUAUAGUGAGGCUUAUAACAAAAUGAAGUCCUGGAUUAAUGAACAUGAUGCUUUGGUUCAGAAAGAAAUGAAAGCUGAACAUAAACGACCUGAAGAUCUUGAAAGAUGUAAAGUGUUGUUGGAGAAAGUUAACGGUGGUAAAGUUCAAAUGGAACAGCUAAAUGAUGCUUGUGAAAUGCUCAUGGAACAAAGUGCUUUGAGUUGGGUUAGGGACCAAACAGUUAACUUACAGGUUGCCUACAGUAAUCUGUUGACAAAUGCACAGGGAUUGGUGUCUAAAGUUGAGAAGAACCUUACUGAUCAUACAGAAUUCUUGAAUGCUAAAAAGGAGUUAGAAGCUUGGUUACACAAAGCUCAUUCUGUUAUUCAAGAAUGUUUAGGUAAUGGAGAUGAAAGUGAUUUGAAAGACAAAAUGUCCAAAGUACGUGGUGUUGCUACCAAUUUAUCAGAAGGACAGAGAAUGUUGACGACAUUACAAGAUGCAUUCACCAAAGCAAUCAAUACAGCACCAGCUGAUAAACAGGAUAAUUUACGAGAAGAUAUGGCUACUUUGAAGAAUAGUUGGGAUCAGCUAAACAUGGAUCUUAACUCAAUUCAAGCCCAAUUGAAGGUUUCGCUAACAAGAUGGGAGGAUUAUAAUGCUUCCAAACAAGCUAUGAACAACUGGCUUAACGAAAACGAAGCCACUUUGAAGGAUAAGAUAAAUACUAAGGGAGAACUUUCCGAAAUGAAAACACAAAUGGAAAGAUACAAAAACAUUCAGAAUGAAAUUACAUCAAAACAAACAGACUUAGAACGCCUUCAAGGAGAAUGUGAUACUUUAUCAGACUGGGCAAAGAAUCCAAAGUUGAGGGAUGAACUUAAGAAGUUCCAACUACGCUUGGCCAAGAUCAGCGAAAACUGUGACAUGAGAAAAAUGGAGUUGGAGAAAGAGAUGUUAGAUUACAAUGCGUACCAUCAAAGCAUUCAAGAUACAGAAAAGUGGUUACUUCAAGUAUCCUUCCAUCUAAUGGCUCAUAAUUCAUUGUAUAUCAGUAAUAGAGAACAAACUGAAGAGCAAAUCAAACAACAUAAUGCUCUUACAAAUGAUAUUAACAACUACCAAGCUACUUUGGAUGAUGUAAAGAAAAUGGGUCAUGCACAAAUAGCUAGAUAUGUUUCUUCAACUCCAGAAAUUAGAGAAGUUAUUGAGAAACAACUGAGUAACAUGCAAGAAAGUUAUAAUUCGCUGUUAAACACUGCUACACAGAUAAAGAAACGUCUUUUGGAGUCGCUGGCCAAGUUUAAGGAGUAUGAAGACACUUUGGAAAGUAUUAUGAGUAAUUUGGAAUCCUACGAACCUAUCGUUCAAGUUGAUCUUGAGAAACCAACUGAAACUUUGAAGGAAGCCAAGGAACAACUUGAAAUUGCUAAGAAUAUGCAUAACAAAUUGCAAGGUGAGAAAUCUCGUCUUGCUCUUGCUGUGCAAGCCUGUGAAGCUGCUACAGCAUCAAUAAGUCGUCCUGGAACCCCAGGUAGUUUCAUUGACGAAGGACCUUCGGCUCCUAUUCCACAACGCGAGCUUGAAGUGAGGGCCAAGUUGGAAGACCUUAUCGAUCAGAAGCUCACUGAGACUUCAAAUUCAGACCGAGAUUCUGAAAGUAGACUGAAGUUACUCCUGCAGCAACUAGAAGCGCAUGGUUUUAUUAACAAAUUGCAUAUGCAAAUUGAUAAGGUUCAAUCUCAUCUCGGUAAUCUAACCGCAACGGUUUCCGACUUUGAAGAGAAAUCCAAGCAACGCUCGGCCCUCCGAGACUGGAUCGUCAGCCAAAAGGCUGCGAUAACAGACUGGAAGCUUAAACCAACUAAAUUGAGAGCUGAUGCAGCCAAACAGGAAUUAAACGCUAUGAAUGACUUAAUGUCAUCUUUACAACAACGUAAAAAUUAUUUACAAUCUGAUUUACAAAGUGGUGAUGGCGAUAAUGCAGAGUUAGAAAAAAUGUUAGACAAUCUCGAAAGAGAUCUUUCUGAUGUAAUUGCUCAAAAACAAGCAAAUCAAGAUAUUAUCGAUGAAUAUCGCCAAAUGAUCCAAGUUAUUAAUAACUGGUUCGAUAAUAUCAUCAAACGCGUGGAUGCUGUCGAUAAGGGCAGUGGUUUAACAUGCGCACAGAAGCAGAAUGCUGUUUUAGAAUUACAAGCAGAGUUUGAUGAUCAAGGACCUAAAAGAGUUGAUGAAGUUAAAAGAUUGGCAGGGCAGAUUAUUGAGUUUGUGAAUAAUCUUGAUUCACAACAAGUUGAAGAGCAAUUGAAAGGUGUUGAAAGAAGGUAUAAUGAUAUCGCUAAAAGGUUACAACGAAAACAACAGGUUUUGGACAAUACAAGGAAGGGUAUUGAUGAUACAAGAAACGAAAUUGAACAAGCAAGAGAUUGGUGUAAAGAACGUCUAUCAGAACUUCAACAUCCUCCAUUGUUAGGUUUUGAAAGUAGAAAAGCAGAGGAUAGAUUAACAUCUUUGAAGACUCUACUCAAAGAAGCUGAAAACAAAGCUGUAUUGAAAGAUACUCUCGGAAAGAGAGUUGUUAAUAUGAUGAAUGAAUUAGAACCUAGUGAGAAAUCCCAAUUGGAAACCCUGUUGAAGAACUUGGGUAAUGAACAAGAACAACUGGUUGCAAAAACAAAAUCAGAGAUUGACCGCGUUAAUGCAGCGUUGAACACCAGAAACAACUUGGAGAGUAAUCUAGAAAAAGCUAAAGCUUGGCUUAAAGCUAAGAAUGCUGAUAUUUGCAAACUCAGUGGUUAUUUACCUCUAAAAACUAAAAAGGUAGAAGAUGAAAUCGCGCAGGCUAAUAAAUGCUCCAAAGAAAUCAAGAGUUUCAGAGAAGGUGACCUUAAUGACCUUUUGAAGUUAGGAAACAAUGUUUUAAAAGAAUGUGACGAGGAAGAUCGCGCUCGUCUCCAAACUUUACUCAAUGAAGUUAAAGAUGAAUACGAAACACUCAUCAAUGAAGCCAAAUUAAGACUCGAUUCUUUACGUGAUCUACUGAAAGGUAGAAAAGAGUUUGAAAGCGGUGUUAAUGCCUGUAACGAUUGGUUAAAACAAGCAGAAGUUGCAACAUCUACAGAUUUACGUACUCCUAACUUAGAAGUCCUUGAAGAACAGCUUGUAAAGUAUAUAAAACUUCAGGAAGAAUCAAAGAAAGUUAAUGGGGAUAUUGAUAAAAUUAACGAGCAAGGAAAAGCUAUUAUUCCAACUGUAACUGAUAGCGAUAAGUUAGAAUUGCAAGAAUUGCUUAAAGACAUGCGAGACAGACAUAAACGGAUAUCAGAUAUCAUCGAUGACAGAACGAAUGCUUUAAAACAGAAUAUUCAACAACAGAAAGACGCUGCCAAUAAAAUUCAAGAUAGUAUUCAUUUCAUGAAUGAUAUUCAGAAUGAACUUAAAGAAUUGGCGAAACCUAUUGGUAAUAAAGUUGAAGAUGUGCAUAAUGUUUUACAGACUUAUGAAAGAAUCUUGAAAGAUCUGAAAGCGAAUAAAGCAAAAUUAUCAGAUGUUCCUGGAGCUAAUAAAGCAGAACUUUCUAAUAUUAUUUCAUUGCAAGAUGAAUUAAUUAAGUCAAUUGAAGACCAAAUCGCGAGAUUAAGACAACUUCUUCUACUUCGUGAGCAGUUUAUCGCGUUGAUCACAGAAAUUAUGACUUUCAUAACGAAAUACACCGAAAUAGUAAGAGAUAUAGAGAAGUCUGGUGUGACUAUACAAGAAAAAAUCGAUCGUUAUAACGAUGUCAUACUUAAAAUCCAAGAAUGUGAAGCAAUGUUGGCAUCAGCAGCUGAUAAAGGACAACAAAUAGCUUGUGAUGGUUCCGCGCAAGAUCGUAACAAUAUUACAGAACAAAUACAAACACUAAAACAAUCUCUGAAUACUUUACGUAAAGCUGUUGAGAAACAGAAACAAAUUCAUGAGAAUACUGCAGCUGAACAUCGUAAACUCGCCGCUGAAUUGGAUGAAAUACUUGAUUGGUUACAUGCUAAUGAAGCAGCAGCACAAUCACGCCCUCUCCUAAAACGUGAUGUGAAAGAUGUAGAAUAUCACUUGAAGAAACACACAGAAUUAGCGUCUGAAAUAAAUAAAUAUCUAGACAGAGUGAAACAUGUUCAAGAUGCUUGUAAACAUGAUGAUUGUCUUCCUAGUUCUCUGGCUGAACAACUUUCUGAAGCUAAAUCUCUCCUUGCUUCAAUGCCGAGGGAACUUGAUGAAAGACAGAAAUAUUUGGAGAAUAAUAAAUCUCUUAGAGAAACUUAUGAUACUCUAAAAACGCGUCUUUAUGAUUGGGUAAAGGAAGCUGAUAUUAGACUACAAGGAAACAAAGAAGGAAUUGACUUCGAGAAUAUUGUCUCUGACUUAGAAGAACAUAAAAUAUUCUUCUCCACUGAAGCGACUAUGAAAGAAUUGGUUUCGCAGACGAUUCAACAAGCAGCAGAUAAGAUCUGGCCUAGUUUGACAUCAAGUGAACAAGAAGAAUUGAGUCGUGAACAACAAAAUUGUACGCAACUGUUGAAGAACACGUUGAAUUCGGCAAAAUCACAGAAAGCUCAACUGGAACAAGAUGCAGAAUUAUGGAAGGAAUACUGCGCCAUUUUGGAUAAGGUUAAAGCUGUGAUUGCGCGAAGUAGAUUCACCGAUGAGCCGGUGUCAACUCUGGCUGGGCUCCAUUUUAAUAUACAGAAGAUCAAUCAUGCUUUGAAUGACAUUCAGGCACAACACGGUGAAUUGGAUUCGCUGCAACAGAAAGCAACCGAAAUCAUCAAACAAGCAGACGCGAAGAAUAAACAAACGAUUCAAAGUCAGAGUAAGGAAGUGAGCGACGAAUGGGAGAAGUUAGUUGCGGAUUUGCAGCGGCGUCGUGACGCGUUGAAUGCGCUCGCCGCCGCCUGGGAGGUGUUUGAGGGGCGGUGGCAACACUUCGAGAGUGUCCUCGUUGGAGUGGAAGAGAAGUCCAAACAUGUUGAUACCAUCGUUAGAAAUCGACAGCAAGUUAUUGCUACGCAACAUGUUAUUGAGGAACUGAAAUCGGAGGCUGACUCAUUAAAGCAUCUCCACGACGAAGUCCUUGAUAAAUCAAAGAGUAUCCUUGGAUUCUUGAAGGAAUGCUCUGCUGCUUCGGCGACUGCGCUGGGCGACAAGCUCAAGAACCUCGGCGCUCAUUACGAAAAGCUCCUGGAGAAUCUCCGCGGCAAGCAAGCACAGAACUCAGAGGACCUGAGACAAAUCGAGGACGCAUUAAAUAGGAUACAAUCGCAUAAAGAAGAUUUACAGAAGCUACAAGCCACCGUCGAGAACUUCUACGUGUUUGGAGAGGACACCGAAGUUACCGAACGGCAGCUGAACGCGUUACGCAAGGACACCAAGGAAACCAUCAAGAAAGCAAAGGAUAACUUGAGUGCCAUUAAGGAAACCUACGAGAAGAAGCAACAGUUUAUCCCCACUGACAUUUCGCAGGAUAUUAAUAAUCUAGAACUUUUAUCGGAAGCUAUAAUCAACGCAAUGGAUGAGAAAGAUAGGGAAUUCAAAAAAGCCAAGACCGUUAGGGGUGAAUACCUUAAAGAUGUUGAACAAGUGCAAGCGUGGAUUAAGGAAGCUGAAUUAAAAGUGCAGGAUCGGUCUAUUGAGCCGCAUGUGCUUAAUGAUCACCUGCAACAGAUUCAAUCGGAAAUUGGAGCUAUUGGAGACCGUUUGGAGAAGUUGAUCAAAAACGGGAAGGUUAUUAUUGACAAGACCAAGGAUGAAGAAGAGAAACCAUUGAUCCAAUCGACGAUUAACAACCUGACUGACCAACUGCAACAGGUUAGAGGUUGGUUGGAUGAGAAGAGACAACAAAUUGGAGAAACUAUUGAUGCUUGGCAGAGAUUCUUACAACUUUACCAAACUGUUAUGACCUGGGUUGGUGAAAAGAGGACUUUCUUGAAGGAUCCAGUCAAGCUGACAACUCUACAUGAAGCUAGGCAAAAGUCUCAUGACUACAACAACGCUGUAAAGUCUUGUAAGGCAGCUACGAAGAACUUGAGUGACAUGGCGAAGGAAUUGGAACAUAUCGGAGCUGUGACUUCAGUUGGAAACCUACCACUUAAAAUGGAAGAAGCAGAAGAAGCCAAGACUGAAGUAGAAGUUCACAUUUUAGAGAUCCACGCAUUGUUGCAAGAAACAGCUGAGGAAUGGGAGCAAUGUGAGAGGAAGAUGAAGGACGUCAAGACAUGGAUGGAGAAAACUCACCAAGCCCUGGAAUCGCAACAGAACAAAAAGAAACCUCUAAGGGAUCAACAUGCGCUUAGAGAAAAGAUGUUGGCUGAUGUUACUAUUCAAAAGACCAAGAUCAGUCUUUCUAUUGAAAAACUUCAGCUACAUUUCCGGUCCGGUAUUGGUGGAGAUGCCAAGGUGUCCGACCAAGCAAAGGAGAUCUUAGCAGACUUAGAAUCGUUGAAUUCCACCAUCAAAGGAGAAAGUCAACAAUUGGAAUCCUCAAUUGCUCAAGUGGAUAAGUAUCAACUAGAAGUGCAGCAACUCCGUCAACAGAUCGUCCAAGUAGAGCAGGAGCUGAGAGCAGUCAUGGCUCCAACACAUCUGCCCCAUGAUCGUGACCAAGCUGCUCGGGAUCAACAGGCGUGCAGAGACCGAGUGCGAUCGCUACAAACUAAAAUGGCGGCUCGCAAUGAGCACAUCAAGUUGAUUCUACAGCGGGGCACGCCAGACUCGGUGCAGUUAGACACCUAGCGAUGAUAUUUAGCGAACGCACGCACUCUGUCGCAGAACGAAGAAUGAACGGAUUCAAUAUCCGGGGGAUGAUCACUUGCUGCGCGCCUGUCUCCGCCUGUUUCAACCCCGAAAUGAUAUACUCACAUAACAAUGUUUAUCUCUAGUAUGCCUAAUCAAAAUUCGACAUUAUUAUCAUUCAAGAACUUGUUGAAAUUGUUUUAGAAAGUAUGUUUUAAGUCAAAAACAAGCAAUAAACGUAUCGUAGUAAGAAACAAAA